AUGAGUUCCUACCUGGAGUACGUGUCGUGCGGCGGCGGCGGCGGGGUCGGAGGCGAGGUGCUCAGCUUCGCACCCAAGUUCUGUCGCGCCGACGCCCGACCCGUGGCCCUGCAACCCGCCUUCCCCCUGGGCGGCGGCGACGGCGGCGCCUUCGUCAGCUGUCUGCCUCUGACCACCGCCCGCCCCGCGCCUCCGUCCCCACCCGCUCCCUCGCAGCCCUCCGCACCGCCCCCGGCCGCGCCCCGGUACGCAGCGUGCACCCUGGAAGGGGCCUACGAUCGGGGCGCCGCACCUGCCGCGGCGGCGGCGGGGGGCGCGGACUAUGGCUUCCUGGGGUCUGGGUCGGUGUAUGACUUUCCGGGUGCGCUCGGGAGACCGACCGAGGACAGCGGGGCGCACGUCCACUAUGCCACCUCCGCUGUCUUCUCCAGCGGCGGCUCCUUCCUGCUGAGUGGCCAGGUGGAUUACGCAGCCUUCGGAGAGCCUGGUCCCUUUCCGGCAUGUCUCAAAGAGCCAGCCGAUGGCCACCCCGGGGCCUUCCAGACUGCAUCGCCGUCCCCCGGCACCUAUCCCAAGUCCGUCUCUCCCACGUCCGGCCUCCCCACUGCCUUCAGCACGUUCGAAUGGAUGAAAGUGAAGAGGAACGCCCCUAAGAAGAGCAAACUCGCCGAGUGUGGAGCCGCUAGCCCCUCCAGCGCCAUCCGUACGAAUUUCAGCACCAAGCAACUGACAGAACUAGAGAAAGAGUUUCAUUUCAAUAAGUACUUAACUCGAGCCCGGCGCAUCGAGAUAGCCAACUGCUUGCAGCUAAAUGACACUCAAGUCAAAAUCUGGUUCCAAAAUCGCAGGAUGAAACAGAAGAAAAGGGAACGAGAAGGUCUUCUGGCCACAGCCACCUCUGUGGCCUCUCUCCAACUUCCCCUCUCAGGAAUGAGCCCUGCCCAGUCUGGCAGGAACCCGGGGAGCCCUUCGCAGGCCCAUGAACCUUCGUGA